AUGAAUGUGGUAUUUGUGGCAAUUUCCCAUGUUAUAACUCAAUUUUUGUUAUCAUAUUAUUAAAACAGAAACAAUAUUUAUCUACUUCCAAGUAAUCUAUAUUGGACCAUUACAUUUAUUUAAUUUAUAUUUAUUUUCCUACAACUAACUUAGUUUUUAUUAAAUAUAUAUUAUACCUAACCAGUUAUUUAAAUAUUUUCAAAAUAAGAUAUUUAAAAAGAUAUUAUUAAGUAUAUUUUCCUAAGAUAAGAUUUAAUAAUAUUUUUUAAUAUCCUUUAUUUAAAAUUUAAAUAUACAUUUCUUUUGAAUAUUUACUUUUAAAUAAUAAAACUCGUAAUUAAUAUUAACUAUAAUUUAAAAUGAAUACUAAUUCAUUUUUCAUCUAUAUGAUAAGAAAUACAAUUUCUAUAAUAUUUAUAUAUACAUUAUUUAUGUUCAUAAUUAAAUUACUACACCAAAUUGUAAAUAUAAAGUAACUUAAUCCAUUUAUUAACUAUUUUAUAAAUUAUAAAAUAAAAUAACAGAAUGACAUAUAUUCAUGAAUUUUACAACAUACUUCAACUUAUUAAAAAACUAUUAAAGUAUGAAAUAUAAACUAAUAAAUAAUUUCAUAAGCUAAUAUACAUAUUUAAUUUAAAUUAUUAAAAAUAAAUAAAUUUAUUUAUCAAGUAUGAGACGUGUAGAAUGACAAUAAUUGAUUUGUAUAAUAAUGCUGACAGAAAAUAUAAUAAUAAAAUAAUUUUUUACCAAUAUAAAUUUUUUUAAAAAUGUACUAUAAUUUAAAGUUUAAAAUAUUAGUAAAAUUGAUACAAGGCAGGUUAUUUAAAUUAUUUAUCUUAUAUUCAUAAAAUUAUAUUCAUGUAAAUUUUAAUUUAUUAUAUAUACUUUAAGAACAUGUGUUUUUAUAAAAAAAGAUACAUAUGUAUAAGAUUUCUAAUUUUCAGUAAAUGAUUUUUUCCAUAAAAAUCCAUCUCGCGCUUUAAAGUGCGGAUCAAAAUCUAAUAAUAAAUAUUAUUAUUAGAUACAAUAAAAAUAUAUAACAAAUUAAUAAAUAUUAAAAUGUUUAAUAUGAAUAAUGAAAUUAAAUUAAAAUUUUUAAAUAAACCAAAAAACAAAUAUAAAAAAAAUUCUAAUAACAUGUGAACAAGAAAUUAAAUUAAUUAAAUAAAUAAGAAAUUAUAUUUAUUUCAAACUUAAAUCACAAAAUUGUAAUAACCGUACACGAAUCAUUGAUGCUCAAAUAUAUUUCUAUUUGAGUAUGCAUCCUCUCAAAUAUUGAUCCAUUAUGCUUACAACAAAAUGAUAAAUUAGUUUGACUAAAAAUUUGUAUGACUAACUGUUAUAAAAUUAGAGCAUCACAUUCAUAAUAUAUCCACCAUUCAUCUUAACAUUCAUAAAUUAGAAUACUUUAAAUAUAUAAAUUUACGUCAAAUUGUAUUACAUAAUGGGUCACCCAGUUCAACCGGUAGCUGGGUCCAAGGUUUUAGCGCUUUUUGCGGGUUUUAAGAAUUUUUAAAUAACAAGUUCUAAAAGAAAAAAACAAACUGGAUUACAUAUAGAAUCAUCGUUUUUUUGGUUUAACCGCGGAUCCGGAUCGGGUUUCAUAACAUUGAAUAUAACGCUUCAUGUGUAACAUUUAAAUGUAGACACAUAAUCAAAAAUGCAAAUUUAUAUCAUAUAAACUUGGUUUGUUUCAAAAAUAGUCCCGCUCUUUGAAAUCGCGAAUCGAAAUCUAGUUAAACCAUCAAGACUCAAACAAUAACUUUUUUGAUAGUCCAAAAACCGUUAGAUAAAAAAAUUUAUCUAUAUUAAUAAAAUAGAUGUAUAAGAGAUCUAGAAUAUUACUGGUGACUAAUAUUGAAUAUAUAGCUGAAAUACAUUGGAAAAUAGUAGAUAACGACAUUCAGUUUUCUUUUUGAAGCAGUAAUAACAACAUUUAAAUAUUAGUUACAACAACCGGUACAAACUUGACAUUCACAACGACGCAUGUUUUUGGUUUAGGAGUGCAACUACAAUUCUUAGGCAUCUGACUUGCACCUCGUGCAGCCUAAAGUCAAUGAAACAAGUGGUAUGUGGACAGGUUCUUGCGUUGAUCCACUGAACAGUUGCUUAGAAGAUCAGUAAACAGGACAAGAAGAUAGAGAAUGUACUAGGCGACUUACAAAAAAAGUUUGAACUGGGAUCCUUGGAUAUGUUUGGUCCACAAGUCUAUAAAUAUGGAUCAUUUUUGCCCACUUACAAGCGUUCCCCUGCGGUGCCACCAUGUCAAAGGAGUUCCAUGGAGAAUAAUAACGCCCAGAGAUUUCCAAACAACUUACCAGUGAAGAACGUUGUUCAGAAGAUUCAGUCACUACCUGCUACUUCUUGUAAACCAGCAAGUAUUCAGGAUUCCAAGACCAAUCAGUCUUCAGGUUCCCUUUUGCCUCAAGCUCCUGAAAAGGUUACCAUAAAGAAAGAAGAUGCAAGAGUACCAGGCAGUGAUUCGUCUGAUCAUAAGCCGAUUAGACUUCGGAUCAAAAUGGGUUCUAAAAUCUUGUCUCAAAAGGUCACGAUGGUUUGCAAGGAUCUUGGUCUUGAUGAUUCCCCAACCCGAAACAGCCAUGAUGGUAUAAGCAGAAUGCUCCCACAUACAUCUCUGGAGAAGACAUGUGAAUCUCCCUCCCGUAUUCUUCAGGAUUUGACUGCCAUCCCUGUCCCAGAGGAUCUACUGAUGUCCCCUCUUCCUGAAAGUCUGCUUAAUUUGAAGGAUAAGGAGAAGCGAUAUACAUUAUUAGGCAAUGAACCAGUAGCUAAGCCAGGGAAGGUUCCUUUUGUUCAGACACAGAACAAGUUUUCUGAUGUUUUAGGCUGUGGGGAAACUCCAAGUGGAAGGAGGAAAAGGAAAGCGGUUGACUGCUUUAAUGCUACCACAUUGAAUGCGACUUCAUCAAUUGGUGAGGUGAAGAAGCAAAAAGUUUGUUCCACUGGUGCCUUAGCCAGGGAAAGCACAACUUGUGGGAUAAAUUCUACUAGUGAUGGGUUUACAAGAAAAAGCAACUUGCAGAAAGUUAUUAAAAAGGAUGUAGAAAGUGAUCCUAGAGUCGCCAUUGCUAAGUCAAACAGAAUGAAGGUUGUUGGGAAACAUGCUGAGAAGGAGAAAGAGAUAUAUCCAAUAAAGUUGAAACAGAACAGUAGCAAAAGUAGCUAUGGUGAUAAAGUUUUAUCAAAGAUGCCUUCCAAGGAUACUGCAAAUAAAGCUGAUUUUGCGCUUCCACCUGCCUCCACUAGUCUGGACCUUGAUAGUUGGGCCGAAUGUGAUACCUGUAAAAAAUGGCGGCUACUGCCCUUCAGCGAAAACCCUGAUAAGCUGCCUGAUAAGUGGGUGUGUAGCAUGCAAACCUGGCUGCCUGGGAUGAAUCAUUGUCGCAUCAGCCAGGAAGAGACAACAAACGCUAUUAUAUCUAUUCAUGGUACUAAGGUUCACGGUCCUGAGACUAGUAAUGCUGAUAAAAGCUACCACCAAUCUUUAACUUCUGGUUCUUUGCCUAAUCUAAUUGAGAGAAAGCCACAAGGAGUUUCAAGCAAAAGCAUGGUUGAUGCUGCAAAGCCUACGAAAAGUACCUCACACGUGCUUAAAAUAAAAAACAUAAAGCUGCCGCUCAAAACUUGUAAUGCUGCUCAGAUAUCAACAGACCAGAAAGCAAAGGGGAAAUCGGCAGGUACCGGUAUUCAGAUAAAGAUCAAGAAGGAAAAGGAUGGUGACAAUCAAGAAAGUGAAAGUUCCAAGCAAAUCAAGACUGGUGAUGGCAACAAACUCUCCCGAGAUUUAAAAGCAGAAGAGAUUCAUUGUAAACGAGAUCUGGAUUGUACUCCAGCAGAGAGGAAAACAAAGCGUCAUGACAAUGAUUUGUACCCUUCGGAUGUAGAGCGAGCCACAAAGAAAAGAUUACUCAAAGCAACAACUGGUAGUGGCUCCUUAUGCAUAAAAGCUCAUGGCAUUAUCAAUACUCCUGCGAGAAAGUUUGGUGAUUUGUCUUGCUCAAGUCUGAAAACAUUCCUAGAAAAUAGAGCUGGGGUUACGAAUGUCAAUGCCAUUACUCAUGAGACUAUGGAUAGAUCCUCCAAGUCUGCGAAUGAUAUACUUCAAGAGGCUGAAAAGCUGAAAAAGCUUGCUGGCUGUUUCAAGAGCUCUGGAUUUGACAAUGAAUACAAGGAGGUCAACUUCGACGCAGCUCUCAGGUUUCUACUUGGAGCUUCGAUUAUGGAAAUGUCCAGUACCGAGAAAGUGGAAGAUGGGAGGAUGAGCCAUGUUGAAGCGUACCAUACUGCUGCAAAACUUUCAGAAAGCUGUGCCCAUCAAUAUGAAACAAAGAAAGAAAUGUCUGCAGCUGCUUUGGCCUAUAAAUGCGUGGAAGUGGCUUGUAUGAGGGUAGUGUAUUGCAGAAGUCUAGGUCUGAGUGGAGAAUUGAACGAAUUGCAGAAAAUGGUACAGAUGACUCCUCAAGGUGAAUCACCCUCAUCAUCUGCAUCUGACAUCGAUAGCUUUUGUCACCAAGGAGUGAUUGAUAAGUCUGCUAAAACAAAAAGAGGUCUUUCCCAUGGUGUUGGAACCCUUCUCCCUAUUGCUAGAAACCAUCAAAAUUUUGUUCCGCUACUGGAAGUUACAGAGAGUAUGAAUCUGGCAAUGGAAGCAUCGGCAAAAUCCCAACAAGCUCUUGGAGCAGUCACUGUUGUCACCUCUGAAGAAACUUUGCAUGAAGACUGUGUCUCUGCAAUCAAGAAAGUUGUCGAUUUUAGUUUCCAUGAUGUUGAAGCGCUUAUUCAGAUGAUUGAGGUAGCCAGGGAUGUUCUAAGGUCGUCAAAAGUCCGUGGCCCAUAGUGUUGUUGACUCUAUUUUGUACAUAGGCUCUGGUCCUAUAAAGAAUAGAAUUAGUGUUUUAAGAAAAGAAGCCUAGAGGCUUGGAUCUAGAAUUCCUUUUGGUUUCAUGAACUUCCAUAGAGUAGUCUCAUUAAUUAGCAAAUUUUUGUAAGGCCUAUCAUUCAAGGCUGAUUACCCUUGAAUGGAUUAGGAUAGGAAGAUUUGGAGAGGGGACACUAGAUAAGGACAAGUUUGCAGUAACUCUCAGGGUCCUGUUUCUUCAGGUCUUUCUUCUUUUUGGUUUCUGGGUACUGAAAGAUUAACUAUAGAAUAUCUAUAGAAAGAGUAGUAGGUUUGCUUAGAUAUAGUCAUUUAUGAGAUUGGAUAAGAGUUGUGACAAGACACUGCUCUGUGCCAUCUGAUCCUGUUUCAGUUUGUUACAAACUUUUUAUUGGAAGGGAAACACUUUUUUUUUGGGCGGUGAUCAUGUUCAGCAUGUUCAGCUUCUCUCAGGAUGUAUUCAUCUGUUUUGUCAUCUUGCCGAGUAGAUUUUUGCUUAAUAUAGUCAUACUGCAGCUUAAUGGUAAUUUUGGUACGUGUCUGUUGCAUGUCAACA